AUGUACAUCCCAAAUAAACCUGCGAAGUAUGGUUUAAAAAUCGAAAUGAAGUUCGACGGUGGCACCAGGAACAUGGUCGACGCCAUGACUUACUUAGGAAAAGCGACAAACACUGGUGGUCUUCCUCUUCGAGAAUAUGUUGUCAAGGAACUAACACGAAGUAUUGAAGGCUCGAACCGAAACGUAACUACUGAUAGCUGGUUUACGUCUACUCCAUUAGCUAAACAAUUGCUACAACAACCUUUCAUAUCGACAUUAAUAGGAACAUUACGAACCAACAAAAGAGAAAUACCAGAAGAAAUGAAAAAUUACCGCGGCAGAGUGGUUGGCACAUGUAUUUUUUGUUACGAUGGACCUCUAACGCUACUGUCAUUCAAACCAAAGCCAAGCAAAAUGGUUUAUUUGCUUUCAUCUUGUGACGAAAAAGGAACUGUGAAAUCAACCAUAAAACUACCCCACAUAAUCGAGUUCUACAAUAACACAGAAGGGGAGUAG